UACACAAGGUUGGUUGUCAUGUAGUGAUUGUUGAUGUCCUAUCAAAAGUCAACGAUCUGCUGCGUCUCAGUACAUCAAUAACCGUACGGAAUAAUGAAAUAGCGCAAAGCUCACCAUGCAGUUCCUGGGCCGUAUAUUGGACACGGUGAGCUCCGUGUCAAACCUGUUCUCCAACCCGUACCGUGUGAGGGAUGUGCAGCUGGCGGAAUAUAAUGGGAAAGUGCUACUGAGACAGGAGGGGCGGCUGGUCCUGUACAGGAACCAACAGAGCCAGUCGUGGGACUGCCUGCUUCUCUGUCCCGAGUCUUCCUCUGUGGCCCUCAGGUUGUUCCAGGUAUCUUCAGAGGCAGAUGCCAUGAAUUGGUUUCCUCAGUACACCCUCAAACUCCGCCCCUUUUAUGAGAUGCUCCGCCCACCUUUGAAACCCGAGAUGCUCCAGCCAAUCGUGGACUGUGUGCGGAAUCACCCCGACUACAGCUCGGCUCACGUCGCUGUGGAUAUCGGACUGAGAGACUGUCUCAAGCACAAUUACAUUUUGAGCCAGAUGAACGCCCGCGACGCUCAGGGCCAGACGCCGCUGCACCUGGCCUGCGAGAGAGGAGACGUGGGCUGCGUGCGCGAGCUCCUGGAGGAGUGUCAGGCUCGCACCGACAUCAAGGACAAGAACGGGGAGACGCCCAUGCACUGCGCCGCUAAACAAGACUCCGCCCUUAUUAUAGAGGUGUUGUGUGCGCAACUGUGCGCGGGUGUGAACGAGCUGAACGCCUCCGGGGAGACGCCGAUGCACAUCGCGUGCCGCCUCGGGAGGGUGGAGGUGGUCAAGGGUCUGCUUGGGGGCGGAGCCCGCUGUGACAUCAUGGGAAGUAGUGGCUACCCAAUCCACGCCGCCAUGAAGUUUAGCGAGAAGAGUUGUGCCGAAGCAAUUUUAUCGUCUAAUCCCAAUCAACUUCUAGCGGAGGAUCCGGUUUAUGGCGGAACGCCUCUCCACUGGGUUAAGACUCCCGAGAUGAGCCGCGUACUGCUGGACCGAGGAUGUAACGUCAACUACCUGAGUAAGACCGGAGAGAGUCCGUUACACAUCCUGACCAAGAGGGGGCGCUUUGAGGCCGCAAUGACUCUGCUGACACACGGAGCCGACCCCAACAUUAAGGGCCAGGACGGAAACACAGCACUGCACCUCGCCAUGAAGUUGGACCACAUGGACUUGAUCAAAGCUCUCAUGGUGUUCGGAGCAGAUGUGGAGGUUCACAAUGACGUGGGAGAGACACCAGGACUCAUCGCCGCCCGUACCAGCAAGGGGCCCAACCGUAAGGUGCUCUUGAACAUGCUGUGUAGUGUAGGGGCCGAACGGUGUCACCCCCCAUCCCUCGACAGCCCUAUCCCCAGCAUCAACAAAGCUCCGCCUCCUGGCAUAGGGUUUGAUGACAUCAUGUAUGUGGCGACAGCUGUCACGGCCAUGACUCGUGGAUUUGUAGAGGUUGAUGGGCUCAAACCAGGAAGCAAGAAAAUGGACAGAUUGUUGUGUCUUGAUGGUGGAGGAAUUAAAGGCCUGGUUCUGAUCCAGAUGUUAAUCUCUCUCGAGAAAGAGGCAGGACGUCCCAUCAGGGAACUCUUUGACUGGGUGUCUGGGACUAGCACCGGUGGCAUACUGGCUCUAGCUAUUGUACACGGUAAAUCGAUGGAGUAUCUGCGCUGUCUGUACUUCAGGAUGAAGGAACAGGUGUUUAAAGGUUCUCGACCGUAUGAGUCUGGCCCUCUGGAGGAAUUUCUGAAGAACGAGUUUGGAGAAAAUACCAAGAUGACGGACGUCACACACCCCAGAGUAAUGGUGACUAGCGUUCUUGCAGACAGACACCCUGGAGAACUGCAUCUGUUUCGUAAUUACGACCCACCGGUCCUUCAAAGAGACCCUCCGUACACAUCUACUGCCACGUUUCAACCCCUCACUGUGCCACAGGAGCAAUUAGUUUGGCGCGCCGCCCGCUCCAGUGGAGCAGCUCCCACUUAUUUUCGGCCAAUGGGGCGUUUUCUGGAUGGAGGGCUGCUGGCCAACAACCCAACGCUAGAUGCCAUGACAGAAAUACACCAAUACAGCAAAGCCCUGAAGGCACAGGGGCGCGAGCCAGACGUGAGCAGGUUAGGGGUGGUCCUGUCGUUGGGGACGGGUAAACCUCCUCAGGUGGCGGUCAACUCUGUGGACGUGUUUAGGCCUUCAAACCCGCUGGAACUGGCCAAGACCUUCGUUGGCGCCAGAGAACUGGGCAAGAUGCUCGUGGACUGCUGUACGGACUCAGACGGCUGUGCAGUGGACCGAGCUCGAGCGUGGUGUGAGAUGGCCGACAUAAACUAUCACAGGCUGAGUCCUCAGCUGUCUCAGGAGGUGAUGCUGGACGAGGUCAGUGACGCUGUGUUGGUUGACAUGCUGUGGGAAACUCAGAUGUACCUGUAUGAGCACAGAGAGGUCAUACGAACACUCUGCCAGCAGCUCCUGCAGCUCUGA